UUGGACCCUGAACCUGAUGCAGGACGGGAGCUGGAAUCAGCAGCUCCCCAUCUCUCUGCUGCAGAAGGACCCAGCAGGAAGUGGUGCCUCUGAGGGGGAUGGAGGUGUGUUUUCCGAGGCAUCCUCGGAUGGUGAACUGUACAUUGAUUCUAGGCCAGAGCUGGAUUCUGGAGAGGGGGACUUUGCAGAUCUUACUGCCUUCUUGAGCGCGGAGGAGAUUCAUCUGAGUCUGGAUCUGGCCCGGGAGGCCUUUGGAGAAACAUGUGAAUUUGAAGAUCCAGGAUCCUUCAGUCUAACUUCCCAGGAGCAGGUCCUCCAACCAUCCCUUCUUCCUUCGCCCAAGCAGACUGAAAACCCCACGUCAAGCCCACCUCAGUCGACCAAAGCCCAGUUGUCUGAAGACAGCACAGCCAAUAAAGUUCCUUCUGUUGUGAAUCCUUCACUCAGCAAACCGGAUGAGAAAGCCAGCAGCCCCAAGCAAAUGCCAGUUUACAAGCAGGACAAACCUCGGCUGCUUCAUGGCGGCCUGGAGCUAAACGAUCGAGCACCAUCAGCCACAGAGUUUUGUAGCCGCGCCGCCACAUUCAUUGAGGAGCUCUCAUCCAUCCUCAAGAGUUCUGCUCGGGUGGAGCAACAGGUGGAGGAGGACUCGUCGUCUCCUGAUAGUGGCUAUCUGUCUCCUAGGAGUCAGCGUCCUGCCCCUCAAGGUUCGGCCGCCGACACCUCGCUGUCCACCAGCCAGAAGGAGCAAACACAGAACAACCAAGCAUACGCUGGAGCCCUGUCUGAUAGUGCAGUCGCAGGUCUUGCUAGGUUCCACCAGUCUGGAGCCGCAACUUCAUCUGGACCCUUGUCACGUCCAUGUUUUCUCCAGAAGCUGAAGAGUCAGGAAGUUGCAGAAGGAUCCCCCAUUCGUCUGGAAUGCAGAGUGAGCGGAAACCCCCAACCCCUCGUCAGGUGGUUCUGUGAGGGCAGAGAACUGCACAACUCUCCUGACAUCCAAAUUUGGAGGGAUGGUGACCUCCACACGCUGGUGAUCGCCGAAGCAUUUGAGGACGACACUGGACGCUACACCUGCGUGGCCUCCAACAGCCUGGGAGCCGACAACACCUCGGCUGAGGUUUAUAUAGAAGGAGCCUCAUCCUCUGACUCUGACGGUGAAGGAGCUGCCUCCAAGACCAGAACAGGAACCAUGCCACAACUUCAAAAGAAGACCACUUCAAUGUCUCUGACAAUUCGUUCGUCGUCCCCCAAAACCCCAGAAUUCCUCCCUCUUCGCACCACACUGGUCCAGUCUCUGUCUCAGCCCCUGCAGCGGAUGCAGAGUCCCGUUGGGUCACUGUACAGUGGAGACGUUUCAGGACCACCAGUGUUCACCAAGAUGCUGCAGGAUGCCCAGGCCUCCGAGGGUCAGGUGGUGGUUCUGGAGUGCAGGGUGCGUGGCAGCCCUCCCCUCCAGGUCCGAUGGUUCCGACAAGGAGAGGAGAUUUUAGACUCCCCGGAUUUUCGCAUUCUCCAAAAAAAGCCUCGAUCUGCCGCCGAAUCAGAGGAGAUCUGUACCCUGGUGAUUGCUGAGGCCUUUCCCGAGGAUGGAGGUCUGUUCUGCUGCACUGCAUCCAACCCUUACGGUUCAGUCAACAGUACCUCUCAACUCACCGUCAGUCCAGGAGCCGAGGACUCAUCCAGUAAUGGCAUGUCUGGCGAUAACUCAGGUUUUGAGGAUGUGGCAGCCUUCCCCCCUCCUCCCCCACCCACAGAGAUCAGCCUCCUGGAGCUGCCACCCAAGAUGUUGCCACAUCCAAGUGCAGAGGCUUUUCAUGUGAAGGAACUGGAGAUCUGGCCUAGUCUGUCUGUUCUGCCGCCGGUACAGAUGGGCUCAGAGGUGACGGACAAGGAGAUGGUUAAAGAUCCCGUCCGAAAUGGUCAACACCCCAAGCCGCCCUCACCUCCACACCCACCUACCAAGACAAUAGCACCGCCCACCCCUCCCCCACUGCCUCCGUCUGACCAGUCAACCAGUGCCCCAGGCAAAGGCCCAUCCCAGGCUGCGGUAGAUCCUUCCCCGCCGCCACCAGGGAAGGUGUCUCCAUCAUCUGGGAAAGAGGGUCCACCUCUACCCACCAAACCCAAGCCAAAGCUAGCUGAGAUUAUAGAGGAGGAGGCAGAAAGUUGCAGGAACGCGGCUCAGCUGAAGCAGCUGCAGGAGCAGAUUCUGUUGGAACAAGAAGCAGCCGUCUGGCAGCAGCAACAGGAGCUGCAGGAAGUUCCACCUCCGCCACAGGAAGAAGCAUCUCCCGCCCCACCCUCUCCACCUCUCCCUCCUCCACCCUCCUUUCAGGAGCUGGAGACCAGCGCCACCAUGCAAGCAAGCACCUUCAACUACGCCCGGCCCAAGCAGUUCAUCGCUGCCCAGAAUCCGGCAUCUGGCAGUUUCGUCACCCAGUCUUCGGGGUCCUCAGGGUCCAGUCUGUCGUCCCCUUUGUCGCCCACCACCUCACACAAACCCUUCAACAGGGUCACGAUGCCACCUACCAGCAAGGCAUCUAGUGUUGAAUCUCCAAGUUCCCCAUCCUUUCCUCCUCCACCACCACCUUUCUUGAGCUCCAGCAACUUGUCCUCACCGUCAGGACCCGCCCAAGACUUCCCCCCACCACCCCCUCCACCGCCUCCGCCUCUCUCCAUGUCACCAGCCAGCUCGGAUGUGUCCUCACCAUUUUCCUCUGUGCCACCUUCUCCGGCCUCCAGCUUUCUGUCCUCAGUGUUGCCCACCACUCCUUCCUCUCCUGCGAGUCCCACAGUCAAUGCUCUUGGUCUGCCUAAAGGAAACGGAACUGUCAAAGCGUUCCCCAGGAAGUCCUCAAUCACCAAGACGCCGCGCAUCGCCUCUGACUCGGACAUCCAGGGUUCGAAAGAUGCAGUCAUCCAGGACUUGGAGCGAAAGCUGCGCUUUAAAGAGGAGCGCAUGAGCAAUGGUCAACAGAGGUUAACCUAUGAGGAGAAGAUGGCGCGCAGACUGCUGGGUGCUGACAACGCCGCCACAGUCUUAAACACACAGGAAACAGAGGAGGAGCCGCUCACGCAGGAAGAGCCCACUUCAGAGUCUCACCCUCAAAAGGAAUACAAGGUGUCCAGCUUCGAGCAGCGUCUCAUCAGUGAGAUCGAGUUCCGUCUGGAGCGCUCUCCGGUCGAAGAGUCUGACGACGAUGUGCAGCACGAUGAAGACUCGGCCGGCCAAGGCGUGGCGCCGUCCUUCAACCAGAAACUCAAACACUACAAGGUCUUCGAGGGCAUGCCUGUCACUUUCUCCUGCAAGGUCAACGGAGACCCCAAACCAAAGGUCUACUGGUUCAAGGAUGGAAAGCAGAUCUCCAAGAGGAGCGAGCACUACCGGAUCAGCCGGGACUCGGACGGAACCUGCUCUCUGCACACGGCUGCAGCCUCGCUGGACGACGACGGCAACUACACCAUCAUGGCAGGCAACCCCGAGGGCAGGGUGAGCUGCACCGGCAGGAUGAUGGUCCAGGCGGUGAACCAGCGCGGCCGCAGCACCAGGUCCGCUCCCGGACACAUGCGCAGGCCCAGGUCCCGAUCCAGAGACAGCGGGGACGAGAACGACAACAUCCAAGAGCGUCACUUCCGUCCCCACUUCCUGCAAGCACCCGGUGACCUCAUAGUCCAGGAGGGUCGACUCUGCAGGAUGGACUGCAAGGUCAGUGGCCUGCCCACCCCUGACCUCAUCUGGCAGCUCAACGGACAAACCAUCCGCCCAGACUCCUCCCACAAGAUGCUGGUGCGGGAAAACGGCGUGCACUCACUGGUGGUCGAGCCGGUGACAAGCCGGGAUGCAGGCAUCUACACCUGUAUCGCCAGCAACCGGGCCGGCCAGAACUCCUUUAACCUGGAGCUGAUAGUCGCAGCUAAGGAAAUGCACAAGGCGCCCUCGUUCGUGGAGAAGCUGCAGAACACCAGCGUGGCUGAAGGUCACCCUGUGAGACUGGAGUGUCGGGUCACCGGGGUCCCGUACCCACAGAUCUUCUGGAAGAGAGAGAACGAGUCUUUCACCCACAACACAGACAGAAUCAGCAUGCACCAGGACAACUGUGGCUACCUGUGCAUGAUCAUCCAGCCAGCCAUGAAAGAGGACGCCGGCUGGUACACAGUGUCGGCCAAGAACGACGCAGGCAUCGUGUCCAGCACGGCUCGCCUGGAUGUCCACACUCAGUGGCAGCAGCCUCACCUGCCCAAGCCCAGGAAGGUGCGUCCUUCCACCAGCCGCUACGCCGCGCUCACAGAGAGAGGGCUGGACGUGAAGGCCGCCUUCUUCCCAGAGUGCAGCCCACUCCCUCCGGGUGGCCUGGUGGAGAGUGACGACCUGUAGAGUCCACCGGGACGUCACCGUGAUGGAGUCAAACGGUCCCCCGUCCUCUCCACCAGCAGCCCUGAGACUGGAGGGGAGCUUCUUUGAGGGAACACUGAGCGACAUCGCCGAGGUUUUCAUAGAAACGUAACACAACCCGAGGUUAAGUCCGCCGGGCGCCAUCGAAUCAACUGGACCUGUUUACCAGACUCUAUCACAAAGUGACCCGAUUCAAGUGCCUCUCAUGAUUGUAAACUGUUUGAAUGUGAUGAAUAACUACACAAGGAGGAAGAGACUGUUUUGGUUUGGAGACGCCGCAGAACUUGAGUUGAAAUCUUAUAAUCAGAAAAGAAAAAGCACGUUUUUUUUGCGACACAAGUGGCAGUGUGGGUGCACGUGUGGGUUGAGAGUUCACAUGAGGUCAUGUUGGAGGAGCUGAAGGUUUGUUCCAAUAACGUCAGCAUGGAAGAUUCCUUCACCCACAAGUCACAGAGUAUCCCAUUUAUUUUUGUAUUCAAGCAGCAAAAACUCUUCUUUUCCCAAAGAUUUUGACGUCAUUUAUGUCAAUGUUUUUGACAGACUUUCACUGAUAAUUCGAUAUAUCUUUCUACAAACAUAUUAACUGCCUUAAAUCACUUCUGGGCUUAACAAACUCACACACUUUCCUUGCAUGUUACUCUUGGCGACAGUGCCAAACCUUUACAUACCAUGUUUUAAUGAAGGAGAAGAAGAGGACGUGGAAUCAAAAAAUAUAUUUAUAGCAACUCUUUCGGUCACCCGAGAAACACUCGCCUGGUUUUGAUCGUCUGCUGACUGUUACUGUGUUUGCACAUUUUUAAUGCCAUUCAAUGCCUGUAUAUGGAUUCUUCUGAUGUUAUUUUAGGAUAUGGACGUUAAUAAAGACAAACCUUUUCUGAAUAGCGUCGAGUCUUAUUAAACGGUUGUUUUCUAAUGACGGUUUGUCACAGUGGAAUCUUCCAUUUUCGCCAUUAUAAAACAUUAAUUUGUGGUUUUUGUAUUCAAAACAACAAAAGUGAUAGCAAUACUGACAGACAAGGCAGGCGUGAGCCACAAAGAUCUGUGAGCCAAAACGCUUGGAUGUGAAUAGUACUGUAUAAUGAUGGAGAAAAAAACAUGUUGUUGUGUUGUGCGGCUAGUAUGACAGGAAGUGAAACAAGUUUCUAUGGAAUCAAAGAUCAAAGUGGCAUGAAAAAUCCUCAACGUAAUGUAAAAAAAUGUAUCAACCUCAUUCUGACGGAUGGUGACAACACAAAUCUGUAAU